AUGCCAAACAAUGAUACUGCGAGUGUGUUUAAUGGAGUCAAUCAAUACUUCACUAUAGACGAUAAUGAUUAUUUGGAAAUUGUUCGAACUGGUAUUCUCACUAUAGAAGCAUGGUUUCGACCUGAUACACUACAGUUCGACUAUGAGGAAGGAAGUGGUUAUGUAUGGUGGAUGGGCAAAGGGGCCACAAACGCGCAAAGUUGGGCUGCGAGGAUGUACAGUUAUAAUAACACAGAAGGACGUUUUAAUCGUAUUAGUGGUUAUGCAUUUAACUUAUCCGGUGGCUUAGGUGCUGGGAGUUAUUUUCAAGAUAACGUUACCAUCGGACAAUGGAUUUUCUACAUUCUUACUAUUAACACAGUUAACGUUAGUACCACUUAUCCAACUGGUUAUACGAAGAUUUCCAAGAACGCGAUCGAGCGCGAUCAAGACUCGCUAUUAUGA